AUGUUAUUAACUAAUUUUAAAUAUUUUGCAAACUUGAGCAACAGAAAUACAGUCCACGUUUUAUUUCGUAAUUUAAGCAAGACUGCUUCUCAACAAAAGACUUCUCAACAAAAAACCUCCCAGCAUUAUAUUGAAAAAGAAGCAAAAUAUGGUGCUCACAAUUACAAACCUAUACCUGUCGUUAUUUCUCAUGGAAAAGGUUGUAAUGUUUGGGAUGUUGACGGCAAAAGUUAUUAUGACUGUUUAAGUGGAUAUUCAGCUUUAAAUCAAGGCCAUUGCCAUCCUCGUCUAGUUAAAGUUAUGCAAGACCAAUGCCAAUUGUUGACUUUAACAUCACGCGCAUUUUAUACAAAUGCUUUGGGGGAAUAUGCAGAAUACUUGACUAAAUUAUUUGGAUAUCAGAAAAUGAUGCCUAUGAAUUCUGGAGUUGAAGCAGUCGACACAGCAGUAAAAUUAGCAAGAAAAUGGGCUUAUGAAGUUAAAGGAGUUCCUCCAAGCCAAGCGAAAAUAGUUUUUGCAAGAGAUAAUUUUCAUGGACGUUCUCUUAUGGCUUGUUCAGCAUCUACUGAUCCCGAUUGUUUUGAAAAUUUUGGACCUUUUUUGCCAAACUUUUUGCAUGUAGAAUUUGACAAUUUGACAGAAUUGGAGAAAGCACUUUCUGACCCUCAUUGUGCUGCUUUUGUGGUAGAGCCAAUACAAGGGGAGGCAGGUGUUGUUAUGCCUAGUGAGGGAUAUUUAAAAGGAGUACGUGAACUUUGUACAAAAAAUCGAGUUUUGAUGGUUGCUGAUGAAGUACAGACUGGAUUGGGGAGGACAGGAAGAAUGCUCUGUUGUGACCAUUACAAUGUCAGACCAGAUAUAGUAACAUUAGGCAAAGCCCUUUCUGGCGGUCUCUACCCAAUUUCGGCAGUUUUGGCUGACGAUGAAAUUAUGUUAACAAUAAAACCAGGCCAACACGGGUCAACUUAUGGAGGAAAUCCUUUAUCUGCAAAAAUAGCAAUAGAAGCAUUAAAAAUUAUUAAAGAAGAAAAUUUGUGUGAAAAUGCUUCAAAAAUGGGAAAUUUAUUAAUUAAUGAAUUGAAUAAAUUACCCAAAAAUGUUGUCAGUUGUGUUAGAGGGAAAGGACUUUUAUGUGCUAUUGUUAUUAAUGAAUCUAUAAAUGCUUGGGAUGUUUGCCUUAAAUUAAAAGAAAAUGGCCUUCUAGCUAAAAAUACCCACAAACAAAUUAUUCGAUUUGCACCUCCUUUGGUAGGCUAA